AUGGAAGUUGUCGCUGUGAGCCGCUCUUGGCCGCGGCAGCUGGAGAUCAAUGGAUCGAAAACAUUCACGUCCAUCUUUCACGAGCCUCUCACUCGUAAAGAAGAUUAUAUCGAGCUUGACGACGAAGGCAUCCUCGGCAAUGCCACCGCGGCCCAUGACGGUCCCGUGUACGCCUUCUUUGCUGAGCACUACGACUAUUGGUGCGCCGAACUGAAUGUCAACCGUGCUGAAUGGAACUGGUGUCAUUGGGGAGAGAACAUCACCCUACGCAAUGUUGAAAAGGACAACCAGAUCACCGAACAUGAUCUGUUUCUGGGGGACGUCCUGUCUAUCGGUAACGAUGUGCGGUUGGAGAAGGAUAAGUGGUUGAAGCCUUUGGCCGACAGUGGUUAUGUUGGGGUCUACCUUCGCGUGGUUCGUGGAGGCCAGAUUGCCCCUGGCGACAAAGCAAAGAUAUUGAGCCGCUCAGGUGAUACCAUGAGCGUCGCGGCAAUCAGCCAGCUUGCUUUUGAUUCAUCGCUCAAAUCAAGAGACACCCUAGAUCUCCUUAGCAAUCACCGGGUUCUUUUGAGACUCAACAAGUGGGUUAUGGCUAGGAAGCUCGCUUCUCUUGAUGACAAGCUCAACGUCGACAACAAUGCUUGGAAAGGCUGGCGAACCUUUAGAGUCACAAAGAAAGUGGAUGAGGGUGGCGACAUCAAAUCCUUCUACUUGACCCCGAUCGACGGCAAAGCUCUUGCAAAUUAUUUACCAGGGCAGUUCCUCACUCUCAAACUUCCUGAUGGCAAGGUACGGAGCUGGAGUAUCUCAGACUGGCAAGGCUACAACAUGAAACACUACCGAUUAAGCAUCAAAAGAGGAAAAGAUGCUUCCCGUUGGAUGUGGGACCAUUGCAAAAUAGGCACUGACCUCAAGGUUCGGUCGCCGGCUGGCCGUUUUGUCCUCGACUGGUCCCCGAUGGUUCCUCCACGCCAGAUUUAUCUAUCCGCAGGCAUCGGGAUCACUCCGAUUCUGGCGAUGAUGAAAGCCCAUGCUCAACAUCCUAAUAUGAAGACAGUCCCAGCCCUUUGGAUUCAUGUUGCGAGAAACUCAAGUCAUUUCCCAUUCAGAUCCGAAUGGUCUAGUGCCUGUCACAACCACAUACAGAAGAUUGUCUUCUACACCCAGCCUGAGGCAACGGAGAGGUAUCCCUACGAUUACCGAGGAUAUCCCACCGAAGACAUCCUUCGCACUCUAAUCACAGAGUCUUACACGAUGAAUCCGCUCGAAAUAUCAGAAAUUGAGAUGGAGGGGAGGAUAUCUUCAGUAUACAUAUGCGGCCCCGCCGCAUUCGAGCAGAGUAUUCAGGCGUUGCUCGCAGAUUUCAAGGUUCCUGCGCCUUUCAUCCAUAGCGAGUCUUUCUCUGGUUCAUUCAGCAGCACCAGUCUGGGUAACCUGGAACGAGCGACGGUAUUAUUCAACAAGUCGUCGAGGGUUGCUCAAUGGAGCAAAGAAAAUCCUAUGUCUCUCUUGGAACUGGCAGAGUCCCUCGGGCUAACUCCAGAUUAUGGAUGCAGAAUCAAAGCGAGGAGUAUUUGGCUAGCAUGGUUCUAUUACUCUGAAGACUUUGCCAUGUCCUAUGGCAGACGUCCUUUGCAUCGUGCAGAAUCCGAGUACCAAUCCCACUAG